CAUGAUGUUCUUAUGCUGACUUACGACUCCUUGUGGUAUCUAAACUUUGGUUCGUCAGUGAUAAUACUCCGAGGUUGCGAUAGAUCAAAUAACUGCUAUUGGUAUAAAUGAGAUUAGGUCUUGAGCCACUUUCUGAACGCAUUUGCCCGCAUGUCGACCAGUGAAGUUCUCCCCCAAGGUGCAGGCUAUGGCGUCGUCAUCGGGAUCGGACUGUUCUUCAGUGCUUUCAUGGUGGGUUUGACUGCUAUGCAGGCACGCUACACAGGUGUCUCUCCCACGGAGUCCGAGGAGUUUUCGUCUGCUUCACGCUCAGUGAAGCCUGGGCUUAUUGCUUCUGGCAUUGUCUCUGCUUGGACAUGGGCAGCAACGCUACUCCAAUCUAGUGCAGUCGCUUAUAGAUAUGGCAUUUCAGGCCCAUGGUGGUAUGCCGCAGGUGCGACAGUACAGGUCCUCUUGUUCGCGCAGCUUGCCGCGAAGUUAAAGCUCAAUGCUCCCUAUGCACACACCUGGCUCGAGAUUGUUGCAGCGCGCUGGGGAACUACAGCGCAUCUUUUCUUCAUGUCUUUUGGUCUUGCCACAAACUUGAUCGUGUCCUCAAUGCUUGUUUUGGGUGGUUCGGCUACCGUAACAAGUUUAACUGGGAUGAGCACGAUCGCUGCGUGUUUCUUGAUCCCACUGGGUGUUGCCAUUUAUGUCGUCGUCGGUGGAAUGCGUUCCACACUGCUUUGUGAUUAUACACAUACAACCGUCCUCUUUGCCAUCAUCUUGACAUUUAUGUUCACCGUAUAUGCAACCUCAGGCUACAUCGGUUCCAUCAGUCGCAUGCACCAUCUAUUGAGUGAGGUAUCCAAGAUCUCACCUGUAGCCGGUAAUGCUGGCGGUUCAUACCUGACUCUCCGCUCCAAAAACGGCCUCAUCUUCGGUGUUAUAAACCUCGUCGGCAACUUCGCAACUGUCUUCGAGGACCAGGCAUAUUGGCAGCGCGCCAUUGCCAGCAGACCUUCUACGACUGUCAAGGCAUACCUUAUUGGUGGUUUGGCGUGGUUUGCUGUUCCAUUUGCAUUCUCAACGACACUCGGGCUUGCCGCGGUGGCUUUUUCUGCGGUGGCUGCUGCCAACUCUCCGUCACAAGAUCCACUAUCAAGCAACUUUAUUCCCAUGCUUGCGCCGCUCUCGCAAAAUGCUAUCUCAGAGGGUCUUCCAGCCUCGCUAGCUGCUGCGACGUUGCUCGGCAAAUCGGGCGCAGCUGCACUUCUUAUCGUCCUCUUCCUGGCUGUGACCAGUGCCACGAGUGCGGAGCUCAUCGCGGUCUCUUCUAUUUUGACUUACGACGUCUAUGUGAGAUAUGUUAAUCCGAAGGCUACGGAGAAACAAAUUUUGCGUAUGAGCCAUGCAGGGGUUGCCAUCUUUGCCCUUGUGAUGGGUAUCGCCGGUGUUAUUUUCUACUACAUCGGAGUGUCCAUGGGUUGGCUUUAUACAUUCAUGGGGGUCAUCCUGGGCUCUGCUGUCUGCCCAAUUGCCCUUUGCAUUACCUGGAAAAAAGCUAAUAAAGUGGGCUGUAUUUUGGGUUCGCUCGUUGGGUUUUCCGCAGGUAUUAUUGCCUGGCUGGUCACCACCUCUGCGCUUAACCAAAAAGUGAUCAAUGUCACCACGAGCGGAGGCGACUACGAAAUGCUCGCAGGAAAUCUUGCAUCAAUCGGUGUUGGUGCCAUUAUCUCAACUACUGCUUCGCUUAUCUGGCCAGAUGACUACGAUUUUGCUUCGGCUCGUGCAAUCAAUAACCGUGGUGCCGCUGUUGCCAGUAGAAAUGUCGAUGACGAACUAGAGGAGCCAGAGGUCGAGAAGAAAGGUUUAGACGUGUCAGCAUUAUCCGCGACAAAUGAAACUCAAAUUGAUCCCGAGUUGGACCCAGUUGGUCUUAAUAAGGCAUUCAAGUUCGCUGCCAGAGCAUCAAUAGUACUUACCUUGGUACUGAUAAUACUUAUCCCUCUCCCCCUCUUUUUUGCCCAGACGGUCUAUAGCGUUACCGGCUUUUCGGUGUGGGUGAUAGUCGGUAUCAUUUGGACAUUCCUGUCGGCGGUCGCAGUUGUGAUAUACCCCCUGUGGGAGAGCAGAGCCGCCCUUCGGCUCAUUUCGAGAGGAGUGAUCAUGGAUAUUUUCUCUCCUGGGAGUGGUAAAUUUGUUGCACCAUCUUCAAUGAAGAAGCCUGUCGAAUGAAAUUCCGUGACAGUUUUUUGGAUAAUGAAAAAACACUAUAUGAUCUACCUUGCUCAUUGGUUGGUUAUUCAAAGCAUGAAAACAUUUGAUAGCAACCCUGGGACAUUUCCUGUGCAUGAGAAUAUCAUCCCAAACUCUGGUCAUCGGCGCCGCGCUGCUGCAGCCGAAGAAGAUCUAAGAGCUUCGAGAUCCUGGUUGACU